AUGGCCUUCCAAUUCGAAAGCGUAUUAAUCACUGGAGCGAGUCGGGGAUUGGGACUCGAAUUUGUCGAGCAAUUAUCCAAAGCAUCGCCGUCUCCCAAGCAUAUAUUUGCUACUUGCCGAUCUCCAGAGGGUGAUACUGCCAAGAACUUGAGAGAACUUGCUGCUAAUCAUAGCAAUGUGACGAUUGCUAAGCUAGAUGCUUUGGAUAAACAAUCUAUUGAAAAUUCAGCAGUAGCUGUCAAAGAGAAAUUAGGUGAUGAAGGACUAGAUCUGAUAAUCAAUAAUGCAGGAGUUGGAGCACCCGAAGAAUUCUUGCAAGCUACAAAUGAAGAUAUGAUUCGUGUUUAUCAUACCAAUGUUAUCGGACCACUCAAUGUUGUACAGGCCUAUUACUCCUUAAUAACAAAAGCAGGAAAGAAAAAGGGAUUUGCAGCCGUGAUCAAUAUAUCGAGCCAGCGAGGAUCAUGCGAGCAAACAUUUUCUGCUGACUUUUUUCCGUAUGGUGUUUCUAAGGCAGCAAUGAACAGAAUGACGAGAGCAUUUAGUUUCGAUUUGAUCGUACAUAACGUUAUUGCCAUGAGCAUGAAUCCAGGAUGGGUUAAGACUGAUAUUGGUUCACAAGAUGCAAUACUAACCACGAAAGAAUCGAUUGAAAAAAUGCUUAUAAUUAUUAGAUCUUUGGACAAGAAUAAGAAUGGAACAUUUUACAACUACAACGGAAAUAGGCUCCCGUGGUAA